AACAGAUCUGGCUUUCUACUUUUGCUCUGUAAUUGUCCGCUUCCUAACCGGAUCAUUGCACUCACGGUCUGAAGGUUCAGACGUAAUUUUGUUACAUAUGUGUAAAAUAUAUAUAUCUAAAAAACGCAUAACUCUGCAUUUUCUUAUAAAAAAAUUUGGCCACAGUCAGGCCACACAGAAUGAUCACUGGUGUGGACAUGUGGCCUUGAUUACUCUGAGGAAACCUGACUGUCCUUCCCAGGGGUCAUUCGUUGUUGCCAUGUAUUGGUUACGUGGGGUCAUUCUUUGCGCCUGAACAUCAAGUCCGGCUACUCUCGCGCAUACAUCGUCUAACUGAAAUUCACUCCGAGGCUUUCAUCCACAAACCGAAAUGACUUGAGUUCCUAUCUGGUAUGUCUAGCGAGAGUUGGGUCUAGAAGAUCAGUGGAUAGUGUCACUUCUGUGGACUAGUAAAUGUGUUAUUUCUGUUGAGGGAUGCGGUGACCAUCAUGCGUGGCAGACGUCAGUUAUUGGCCAGUGUAAUACAUUUUAUACGCUAGUUACAAUUGUUCAUACAUGAAAAACAAUUUAUUUUCUUAAUUUAUAAAUUAUUCUUGGCUAUAUCAUGAAGAUGAAACCAGUUGAGCUUUCAAGUCAUCAUUAUGUAAGAUAGUGUCUAAAAAUAAUAUUGGGAGUAAUACUUAUUGUCGUGUUCACUGCUUUCUUUGACUAUAGUGGAGAUAGACUUGUGGGGAAUACAUGAAUGAUGACUCAUGGGCGAUAGAUGGACGGCAGAUAUUGAAGUAUCCAGUAGAGAGCCCCCCAGGUUUGUCCACAAGGAGCGGAGCCCCCGUUUCAAGAAGGGCGCCUCCUUUGAUAAACCCCAUCACGUCACUCUCCCUCCCAUCUCGGGCGCCGACCAAGAGGAUUCCUGGAAACAAAGGCCGAGCUCCCCUUCCGUCACUUCCCCGGCGGACAUAUUCGGCUCCAAGCCGACAAGUCACUUCUCGUUCGGGCCGCCCAGGCUGUUGCCCGACACACCCGGGCAACUGAGGGGUGGCAUGAGCAGUAACGGAUCAGCAGGGAUGGAUAGCAUGUGGGACGACAGAGGUGCGCCUGGCGACAUGUGCCCUAAGCCGAGAUGCUCUGCCAACGCUCGAGAAAGAGAUAGAACCCACAGCGUGAACACAGCCUUCGUGACAUUGAGGACAUUAAUACCCACAGAACCAGCAGACCGGAAAUUAUCAAAGAUUGAGACUUUGAGGCUGGCAGCCAGCUAUAUAGCCCACCUCAGCACAGUGCUGAUGGUAGGCGCUGAGUGCUCUGAACAGCCUUGUAUCAAACACCAGGCUAUGAUUCGUGCCCACCAGCCCAUGGAAAUACCCAAACCUGUCUGUACUUUCUGCUUGAGCGCCGCCAGACAUAAACCAAUUAGACCAGACAGUUGUAUGUUCAAAGAUGUUCGCCACCCAUUGCCUAUCAGCAUCAGACGGUGACGUCGAAAAAAAACGAACUCACUCGCUUCAGUAUCAUUGCCACACAUCACGUGACUCAAACCAAAGAGAGGAACCUGAUCUAUAAAUAGACUCAGAGUUGAUUGGUGCUUUCAAACGUCAUAUCUCUGCAGGCUAUGCGUGCCAUGCAAGAACGUGCCUUACACUUAGCAGACGAUACUUCUGGAACUUUCUGGAACUUAUCUACAUGGUAAAGUUCGUCUUGUGCCAAAGUUUUGACCUGCAUUGAGAGAUUUUUUUGUUUCACAACUUCCAAGCUGAAUUAAAAACUAAAAAAAAAAUUACAAAAUAUUUUUAAAAGUUUCAACGCUGACUUUCUGUGCUGGACACAUCCUCAGUAAAUUGUAUUUGAGAAUUAGUUGGAUGGAAUGUUCUAGAAGUUCUUAAAGUCAGAAGAUUAUUUCAGGAAGACGUGAACUAGAAGGGACGUUACAAUGUUUACUUAUAGAAGCUUUAUGAGCUGCUAGAUCUACUCGCCAAUAAGUGACUCUGAAGAUGUGUUUCGUUGGUUAUGUCCCAGAAGUAGAACUUUUUGACGUAUUUUUUUUUUAUUAAUAGCGGCAUAUAUUGAAAGGUGAAUUUGUUCCCCUCCAUGAUGUUUGUAAUAGGGUAAGGGUGGGGGGGAUGGUCUAACACUUAUGUUCAUAGAUGUUCAAAGUCCUUUGACUUUUUUUUAUCACUUAGGCCUAAUGCUAUUGUGAAUUCCCCUCACAAGAUGUCAUUGUGGGACAUACUCGCUCUUUUCCUUGCUGUAGGAGUGUGGUUUCUAGACGGUAAAGAAAUAGAUACUGGGCCGCUAUCUAGACGGUAAAGAAAUAGAUACUGGGCCGCUAUCUAGACGGUAAAGAAAUAGAUACUGGGCCGCUAUCUAGACGGUAAAGAAAUAGAUACUGGGCCGCUAUCUAGACGGUAAAGAAAUAGAUACUGGGCCGCUAUCUAGACGGUAAAGAAAUAGAUACUGGGCCGCUAUCUAGACGGUAAAGAAAUAGAUACUGGGCCGCUAUCUAGACGGUAAAGAAAUAGAUACUGGGCCGCUAUCUAGACGGUAAAGAAAUAGAUACUGGGCCGCUAUCUAAAUGGUAAAGAAAUAGAUACUGGGCCGCUAUCAUGAACGAUUCACGAAUUCAUCAAUAUCAUAUAUAUUAUUUUUAAAGACUGACAAUGUAUACACUUUUUACUUAUCAGAUUCAUAACACUAAUGUGAUGUGAAACUCUAUGGGAAAAUAAACAAAUAUAGUCUAUAUUUUUUUGGAAGACCACAUCUAAGUUUAUUGUGUAUUAUUAAAACACUUAGUGUGCAUAUCGUUUACAAUGGAGGCCAUUCUCACAUAUAAACAAUUUUAAAAAUUCCAUGUGCAGAUAUAAAUACACAUUCAAUUAUAAUCUAGCAACUGCCUUUAAAUGUAAAAAGUAUGUGACCGAGACAAAAGUUAAAAAAAAAUUUACCAUCAAUAUUUUUUUUCUAAAAGCUGUCUUACACUAAAUAAACUUUAUUUAAACAAGUAAGCAAACAACAUAUAGUCUAGAUAUGAGAAUGUAGUGUAGCCAACAAACAACAUUUAGUCAACAAACAGCAUCUAGUGUAGCCAACAAACAACAUUUAGUCAACAAACAGCAUCUAGUGUAGCCAACAAACAACAUCUAGUGUAGUCAACAAACAGCAUCUAGUGUAGCCAACAAACAACAUCUAGUGUAGCCAACAAACAACAUCUAGUGUAGUCAACAAACAGCAUCUAGUGUAGCCAACAAACAGCAUCUAGUGUAGCCAACAAACAACAUCUAGUGUAGUCAACAAACAACAUCUAGUGUAGUCAACAAACAGCAUCUAGUGUAGCCAACAAACAACAUCUAGUGUAGCCAACAAACAACAUCUAGUGUAGUCAACAAACAGCAUCUAGUGUAGCCAACAAACAACAUCUAGUGUAGUCAACAAACAGCAUCUAGUGUAGCCAACAAACAUCUAGUGUAGCCAACAAACAGCAUCUAGUGUAGCCAACAAACAUCUAGUGUAGCCAACAAACAACAUCUAGUGUAGUCAACAAACAACAUUUAGUCAACAAACAGCAUCUAGUGUAGUCAACAAACAGCAUCUAGUGUAGCCAACAAACAUCUAGUGUAGCCAACAAACAGCAUCUAGUGUAGCCAACAAACAGCAUCUAGUGUAGCCAACAAACAACAUCUAGUGUAGCCAACAAACAACAUCUAGUGUAGUCAACAAACAACAUCUGGUGUAGCCAACAAACAACAUUUAGUCAACAAACAGCAUCUAGUGUAGCCAAAAAACAACAUUUAGUCAACAAACAACAUCUAGUGUAGCCAGCAAACAACAUUUAGUCAACAAACAGCAUCUAGUGUAGCCAACAAACAACAUCUAGUGUAGUCAACAAACAACAUCUGGUGUAGCCAACAAACAACAUUUAGUCAACAAACAACAUCUAGUGUAGCCAACAAACAACAUUUAGUCAACAAACAGCAUCUAGUGUAGCCAACAAACAACAUCUAGUGUAGUCAACAAACAACAUCUAGUGUAGCCAACAAACAUCUAGUGUAGCCAACAAACAACAUCUAGUCAACAAACAGCAUCUAGUGUAGCCAACAAACAACAUUUAGUCAACAAACAACAUCUAGUGUAGCCAACAAACAACAUCUAGUGUAGCCAACAAACAACAUCUAGUGUAGACAACAAACAACAUCUAGUGUAGCCAACAAACAACAUCUAGUGUAGUCAACAAACAACAUCUAGUGUAGCCACAAACAACAUUUAGUCAACAAACAGCAUCUAGUGUAGCCAAAUAACAGCAUCUAGUGUAGCCAACAAACAACAUCUAGUGUAGUCAACAAACAACAUCUAGUGUAGUCAACAAACAACAUCUAGUGUAGUCAACAAACAACAUAUAAUGGAGCGAAGCGUUAAAAAAAAACUAGUUUCCAAUUAAAGCUCCCCAUGUCCACGUGACAGUGCACGUGCAUUCAGAUAAAUUAGGUCGUCAGGUAAAAGGAAUACUCAUUGAGCUUGUAAGGUGAGGUAGAACAAAAAAAAAAAAAGGAAGACAGACUCAUAAUAGUGCUCAAACCUGCUCUCUGCCAACUGGCCACCCUCGGGUUGAAGUAUAUUAUCUUCAACCUAAGAAAACUUAACAAAUAAUAAGUAAUGAGAGACCAAUUGGGAAAAAAAAAAAAAAAAAGCGGAUGAAAAAUAAAAUUAAAAAAAAAAGGUAAGAUGGACUGUAGUAAAAUUGAAACAUGAAAAAACAGACUUGGAAUAUUUAGAAAACAAAACGAGACUUGAACCUAAUUAAAUUGGUGAAGUUAGCUAAAAUAAAAUAACUGGUGGCCAAAAACAUUUUAAGUUCUGUACGCAUCAGGGCUAAUUAAUUAUGCAUGCAUUUGUACUUUGAACUCAGCAAGGUCACAGACAUAAAUAUUUAGUUUAAAUACAUGAUCUGAAUGCUACAAUAUGUGUUUAUGUUUUUUUAAAGGGAGAUCAUGCUUUGUGUGUGUCUGAGAGAGGGAGAGACAAAGAGAGAUGAAGGAAGAGAGGAAGAGAGAGAGAGAGAGAGUAUUAUGAAGUAUAAUAUCCUAACUAUAUCUAUGUUGCUGUACGCGGGUAAAGACACCUGAACAAAUGCUCAAAUGUAUCAACGAUGUGAAUAGUAUUUUGUAUUUCUCUUUAAAAACAAUUGAAAGAAAUUAUUUGAUGUAUUGAAACAAAUAUGUAUGUAUGUAUGUAUGUAUUUGUGAAUGUAUGUAUGCACAAGGCCGGCCUAAGGCCACUGCAACCUAAGCGACCUCAGUGCCCGCCCCCCCCCCCCCCAUUCAUAGGUCCGCGCUAAUUCUAAGACUAAGACUGCUUUAUUGAUCCUUAUGGAAAUUUGUUAUGUAAGUGUAAAUUAUAAAAUUAAACCAUUAUAACUUGUAGCAGGAUUACUGUGCCCUCCUGAUUUUCCAAGAACUCCUGCAAUCCUCCUGAAAUUGCAAAAUAUACAAAAAAGGCCUGGAAAUCUCCUGAAAUUAUUACAAUCUCUUGAAUAUCAUAAAAAUCUGAAAUAUAGACAAAAUUGUCAUUUGGGCGAGUCAUUCAAUAUGAAAAACUCCAAUCAUGCGCGAUUUAAAAAAAAAAGUGUAACUGCGGCAUCUGGUGAGAAAGGUUUCUCGCGUUUCAGACUAACUUGAGAAUUACUUGAGGUCAAUAAUUCACGAAUAUUAAUUGAACAAUUAGAUAAUUCUUACUUUUGAGCGUGAUCUAUUUAGUAAACAGAAUUUUGAUAAUAUACUUCUUGACUUGGCUACACGCAAGGUUCGUCAAGUCAACUUGAUCGUGAUUUUGUACUUAGUCAAAAGUGAAUCAAACGUAAAGACGAUUUUUUUCUAAUACUAAAUCCUAAUUUUCCCUUACUAUCCGUUUGCUUUCCCAGACUGGGCCCCUCGAAAUCCAUUUCGCAUAGGGCCACGCAAUUGUUAGGACCGGCCCUGUAUAUGUAUUGUAUGUAUGUAUGUAUGUAUGCAUGUAUCUACUUAUGUAUGUAUGUAUGUAGUGUUGUACUUCUUAUUGGCUUGCCAUAAUGUGGACACUAUGUGUUGAGCUUUGUAAACAAUUUUUUUUUUCCGAUUUUACUUUUAAUUAAGAAUUGUUAAAAACCUGCAAUUGGGUUCCAACAACAAAUAUCUUUAGUACCUGGAAUAAUAAUUCCUGGAUAUUAGUAUGAACAUAAUUUGCUAACAACAUGAUUCAAAGUAUAGGUUAAUAAUUUUAAAAAAAGUCACAUUUGAAUCACUGCAAAAAAAAAAAAUAAUAAAAAAUAAAAAUAGAUCUAAACUAUUAUUGUUCUAUUUCUACUUGCAGAAUGAAAAAAAACUGCAAUCAAAUAAAUUAAAAAAAAAAAUCCCCUUGAUCAAUCUAUUUAUUUAUUGAUGUCUAAAGACUCUCGAAAAAUAUAAAUCUCAAGCGUUAUUCCAUCUUAAUGUUUCCAUUUAAAAGAUUCAAGCUUAGCCUACCAGAGUUCACAGUUAAAUUGUUUGAAUUUCAAUGUACCAAGCAAAAGUAAAGUAUAAACGAUAACAUCAACAGCUAGGGUCAUGGUUAGCAUCUGCUAACCGUCAGGUCUUAGUAGUACAAGUUUUAAGAUAACAUCAGUACAUAGUUCAAAUUAAUUAUUGAAUAUGUAAUUCAAUCAAAAUAUCGGAAUUAAUGUUGGUUGACUGCUUUGUUUAUUAGUAAAUAUUGAUUUGUUAUGCUUUACUUUGCGCAUGUGUGGUAGAUUAAAAAUGUGUCACGUUAACAACGAAUUAAAUAUUGUGAUUUUUUUUUAUUGGACACAAAUAUUAUCAUAAAACAUGUAUGCUACAUUUUGAUCUCCUGUUUUCAUGUGUUCACAUGUACAAUUAAAAUAACGACUAGAAUCUA